UCCACCUUCCUAACAUACCUACGUAUAAACUAUACCUAGGAACCAAUAGUCCCAACCCAACAGAACUACACAGAAGAAAGGGUGAAUGUGCAGAAACAGAUUUGAAUGGACAAGGAGCUUGUGACCAUGAGGAAUCAAAUUAUGCUUUUUGUGCUGUUUUUGUUGAUGACGAGUAAGGUGACCACUGCUGAUUUUGUGAACACUUCGACAACUGAUGGCCCUUCAACAACCCCUGCGACCACUUCAACAACUGAUGGCCCUUCAACAACACCGGUGACCACUUCAACAACUGAUGGCCCUUCAACAACCCUGGGCCCACUCUAUCCAUUUGGGGCUGGAGACACAGUGAGCUCCCGAUCCGAUGAUGGAAGUUCCCCUCCUAUAACCCUGGAGCAGCCAUUUGUUUAUUUUGGAAAACCGUAUCAACAGAUACACGUGAACCACAAUGGACAUCUGACCUUCAAUGCAGCAUUUGGCAAUUACACACCAUACCGAUUCCCUGCAUUUUCCUCAAGAGAUCUGAUUGCUCCAUUUUGGACCGAUUUGGACAACAGGCGGAAUGGUACCAUCUCUUACCGGCAGUACAGCAGUGGCAGUGUUCUUCAACAGGCCACACAAGAUAUUAAUCAGUACUUCCCAAAUCUGGGCUUCUCUGUUAAUUGGGUCUUCGUUGCUACCUGGGAUAAGGUUCCCUACUAUAACACUUUUGGAACAGGAAUCACCUUCCAAGUGGUUCUGAUUGCUGGUGGCCAAUCCUCCUUCAUCCUGAUGAACUAUGGGGAGAUUGCACCAACAACUCAAAAUAUUCAGGCUGGUUAUGACACAGUCAACUCCAUCCACUACUUCUCGAUCCCGGGGUCAUUUCAAAGCAACGACACAACUUUCAGUUACACCAGCAAUGUCAAUGUCGCUGGUCGCUGGGCCUUCCAGACAAAUGCGACCACUUCAACAACUGAUGGCCCUUCAACAACACCUGCUCCAACAUCUGAUGAGACUUUCGCAAUUGAUGACUUCUGCAUAGAUUCCAUUUUUUGUAACGGACAGGGUUUGAAUGGUUCCGUUUAUAUGCUGAGCACUUUGUUAAUUCUGGUGUUUCUUACCAUUUUAAAUAAUUGAUUCUUACUUUGUUGCAAUCAAGGGAGUGGUUUUAUUGGCAGCCAUAGUGCAUGUGCUAUUCGUUUGAGAGAUUUCUCUUUCAAAGUGAAGGCUGGAGUGCACUGGAAGAAUGAGAGUGGGGAAGGAGGGAGCCUAUUGUCUAAUAUUCUAAACAGUAUUGUAUGUGCAGUUGCGCUUUUGAGUCACUCCAGAUCCACUCCCAUUUUCCUUGGGCCCUUCUUCCUGGGUGUUUUAAUGGGCUUAGCUAUUGUAUUGAUUUAUUUGUGUAGAUGGAUAACCUGAAAUAUAUUUACCUAUUCAUUAAAGUGGCAAAUUCCAAUAGAAACAAA